AUGGUGAAACACUGGCCUGCCCAGCUGCUGCCCACUGCCUGGGACAUUCCUGAUGGAGCCCCAGUCCCUGACACUGACCUAGGAUGUUGCUACUCUGGGCCAGCCAGCCUUCCAGCUGUGCUGUGUGAUCCUGAGGAGGUGGCUCCUGCCUUGGGGCUUCAAGUGCCCAGUCUGCAGUGGGAACCACGUGCCAUCUUGGGAGGCAGCUGGAGGAGGUCACAUGAAAAAAAGCACAGAGGGGAGAGGAGCUUGGGGGUAGCAUCACCCCCACCUGCCUGGUACAUUCUCUCUGCCACGCCUCUACCCAAGCUGUGCCCCCAGCCUGAAGCACCUUUCACACCCCUCUCUGCAGCUCCAGUCCACCCAGCAUUCCAGCCUCCUCCAGGAAGUCUUCUCAGACUCCCUCCUCCCCAGCCAACCCCCUUGGGUUGUGGGGAUGCUGGCAUGCGGGCCCUCGAGGGCCGCGUUCACGCUCUGGGUGCUGGCAUCACAGGGUAG